AUGGCCGUGGCAGCGGGUUGUGGUGGUCGUCCUCCGGGAGGCGGCGAUAACUAUGGCGCUGAGUGUUGGAGGUUGGUGCGUCCACGGGGGAAGUUGAAGAGCGAGGGCGUGAGGAGCUGGCCAUCCUCGCGCAACCAGUGCAGUGCAAAGGGGGCUUCAAUCCCGUCUGAUGCAGUUAUUCUUGGGGUUCCCGUAUAA